AUCAAGCUGUACUUACAGCUUGUGCGCAAUGGAACAGACAAUCAAAAAGCAGCGGCGACAAAGGCGCUCGGUUACCUCGUUUUGGGUAACCCAGGGACCCAAACAGCGAUCGCUCGAGCUGGUGCGAUCCAUCUGCUCUUGGAGCUUGUCCGCAAUGGAACCGACGAUCAGAAGUCGAACGCGGUGACUGCGUUGGCGACUCUGGCGAACCAGAACCAACCAAUCCAGGGAGCAAUUGCCGCGGCUGGAGGCAUCGAGCUCUUCGUUGAGCUCCUUGGCGCCGGAACGGACCAGCAGAUCGAACGAGCCACGUGGGCGCUAGCAGCGCUGUCCGAGAGGAACGAAGCGAACAGAAUGGCGGUAACUUAA